AUGGUCCUUGAAGUUAUCAUUGGUACACACACUCAGAAACAUGAUGGAAAAAUGAUGAAAAAUGAUUUUUACAAGAAAGAAGAAAAAGAGAUAUUUACUACUUUUGAUUCCAUUCUCGCGGAAGGAGAGAUCAGUUCAUUUAUCUUCUCCGGGACACUGGGCUGUCUAUAUAAAUACGCACCUGUCAAUAGGAUCAGUGCUAAACAAAGGCAAAGAAAAAAACACAAGAUGAGUGCGUGCCCGAGAGUUGACGAAGUGCUCGCAAGUUAUCCUCAGAUUUGUAAAGAUAUUUUCGAUAGAGUUUUGGAAAGAAGUAAUUCGGAUUCACCGAAAGAUUAUGUCGAUGCCACUUAUUUGAGGUGUGAAUCGGACUCGCCGGCGAGGGUUGGAAGACCCAUGAACUCUUUUUUGAUUUUCAAAGCUAUGUUUCGCAAGGAGUUGAUCAAAGAUGGUUUGUACGAAGACAUAUGCAGCACAUUUAAAAUUGCCGGAAAUCAAAAGGCGCAUCUUAUACCAAAGAUAUCGUCGAAGUUUUGGAGGGAUCUCGAUAAAACCAGAAAAGAAUCCUUUGUCACAUUUGCCAGGAAAGUGAAAGAAGAACAUGAAAAAGCGUUCCCAGGAUACAGAUAUAUCCCGCAGAGGAGGAACAGAGGACUUGGGUUUCGUCCGUACGUUCGCCCCACUGAAAGAUCGGACAAGCGAAAAUGCAACAGAACUGAACGCCGAUGA